GUAAACACAAAUCUAUUGACUAUAACCAGACUUCUUCAUUUGAUAUCUCUACUUACUCAUGUACUUAUCUAUCUUCUUUUCUUUUUUUUGAAAAAAAGGCUACUUAUCUAUCUUCUUCCUCUCUCUUUCUUUCCUCUUUGCUUCUUCCUCUCUCUGUGUCACACUAUGAAGAGUUUCAACACCGAACACGAGCACCCCGCUGCGGAAUCUGGCGACGUCUUCGCCGAGUCCAAUCCUACAAAGAACGUGGAUGACGACGGCCGAGAGAAGAGGACGGGGACGUGGCUUACGGCGAGUGCGCAUAUUAUCACGGCGGUGAUAGGCUCCGGAGUUUUGUCGUUAUCUUGGGCGAUAGCUCAGCUUGGUUGGAUCGCAGGGCUUUUGAUUUUGGUCAUUUUUUCUUUUAUCACUUAUUUCACUUCUACGAUGCUCGCUGAUUGCUACCGUGCGCCGGAUCCCGUCACCGGAAAACGAAACUACACUUACAUGGACGUUGUUCGUUCUUACCUCGGUGGUAGGAAAGUGCAGCUCUGUGGAGUGGCACAGUAUGGGAAUCUGAUAGGGAUCACUGUUGGGUACACCAUCACUGCUUCUAUUAGUCUGGUAGCGAUCGGGAAAGCAAACUGUUUCCACGAUAAAGGGCACCACGCAGAUUGUACUUUGUCGAGCUAUCCCUAUAUGGCGGCUUUUGGGAUCAUUCAGAUUAUUCUUAGCCAAAUCCCAAACUUUCACAAGCUCUCUUUUCUCUCCAUUAUGGCUGCGGUUAUGUCAUUCACCUACGCAACUAUUGGGAUCGGUCUAGCCAUGGCGACCGUCGCAGGUGGGAAAGUGGGUAAGACGAAUAUAUCGGGUACGGUGGUAGAAGUUGAUGUAACCGCGACUCAGAAGAUAUGGAGAUCGUUUCAAGCGGUUGGUGACAUAGCGUUUGCAUAUGCUUACGCCACCGUUCUCAUUGAGAUUCAGGAUACACUGAAAUCUAGCCCAGCAGAAAACAAAUCUAUGAAAAGAGCAAGCCUUCUGGGAGUAUCAACCACCACUUUCUUCUACAUCUUAUGUGGUUGUUUCGGCUAUGCUGCAUUUGGAAACAAAGCGCCUGGAGAUUUCCUCACAGAUUUCGGGUUUUACGAGCCCUUUUGGCUCAUUGACUUUGCAAACGCAUGCAUUGCUUUCCACCUUAUCGGUGCUUAUCAGGUAAAAAGCAAAAAAGAGAGAUUGGUUUUUUCACAAUCUAUCUGUUCAGCUAAUGAAAAAAGAAGCAUGAUUUUGCAGGUGUUUGCGCAGCCGAUCUUCCAGUUUGUUGAGAAGAGAUGCAAUAGAAACUGGCCUGACAACAAGUUUAUCACUUCUGAAUAUUCAGUAAACGUACCUUUCCUUGGAAAAUUCAACAUCAGCAUCUUCAGAUUGGUGUGGAGGACAGCAUACGUGGUUAUAACAACUGUUGUAGCUAUGAUAUUCCCUUUCUUCAACGCCAUCCUGGGUCUUAUCGGAGCAGCUUCGUUCUGGCCUUUAACCGUUUAUUUCCCUGUCGAGAUGAAUAUUGCACAGACUAAGGUUAAGAAGUACUCUCCUAGAUGGAUUGGGUUGAAAGUGCUGUGCUGGGUUUGCCUGAUCGUAUCACUCUUAGCUGCUGCUGGAUCCAUCGCAGGACUGAUAAGCAGUGUCAAGACAUACAAGCCUUUCCGGACUAUCCAUGAGUGAGUGAGUUUCAGAUCCAUGAGAGAAUAAUAAAGUUAUGUAGUAGUUUAGUCUUUCUUCGCAACUAUUCUGUCUAUAAAUCCAAUGAGAAUACUUUGCUGAAAAGCUACAUGAAACUCUCUGUAUCCACAGCUAUCAAUCUAAUACAUAUGAGCCUGUAAGAGCUGUUGCAAAUUUGAUUGGUCAUUUAUAACCAUAAGAGAAUAAUACAGAUUUUGAACA